UCCCGACAAUCACGCAACGUAUAAAUACUCGAUCAUCAUCGAUCUUUUCAUCUCUCUGGCGACAACCAGGCAACCAGCUCUUACUACCGUUAUACAAACCCUAAUUCACUUCAUUUUCCCCAUUAUCACACGAAUCUCAAUCAUAAUCUUAUAAAAAAAAAAAUAUCACCCUCAUCUCGCUCACGUCUUUUCAGGAUCUCCAAAAUACACGCACAUUGAGUUUAAAACUAGGGUUUACUCAUAGUGCACAAGAACGAUGGAUAUCUACGUGUUACAUUUAGCAAUGGCGGCACUGAUCGGAGCUCUAUUCGUAGCCGUUUCUGUUUAUUAUAUGGACCGUAAAACCCUAACGCAGCUCCUAGAGUUUGCCAAGACUAUGAAUAGAGAUAGAGACAGGAAUCUUCGAGAUGCCGAUUUCGAGGACGAUUCGUUGAAUAAGUACUCCGAUAAACGUAGGAAUCGCGGUGAUGGUAACGGUUCCAUUUUUGUUGAUGAUAUUCCUCCCGGAUUGCCUAAACUUCACACGAUCCCCGAGGGAAAAUCUGCUGGUUCCACUUUGAGAGUUGGGCACGUUAUGAGGCCAAUGUCACCAAGGUCACCUACGGCUAGUGUGUUUGAAAGUAUGGAGGGGUCGGAUGAAGAAGAUAAUAUGACUGACAGUUGUAUUGUAGACUCUCCAUAUCUUUAUACCAAUGAAGACACUAACCUAGAUUCAAGUUUAUAUGAGAAUUUGCCAGAGCAUGCUAAUGUGAACGGAGCCAGAGCUGUGGCAGCUGAUAUUCUUCGGAAAGAGCCAGAGCAAGCAACUUUUGUUCGACUCAAAAUAUCUCCAAGUGAGACGCCAUCAGCCGACGAAGCAGAGGUCUUUCGGACUAUUCAAGCCUGUCUGGAAAUGCGAGAAAGUUAUAUGUUCAGGGAAUCUAUAGCUCCAUGGGAGAGAGAAAAUAUAUAUGAUUCCAGUACAUUGAAGCCUAAUCAGAAUCCAUUUGAUUAUACUCCCGAGGAAAAAACUGAACACUAUUUUCAGAUGGAGGAUGGAGUGGUUCAGGUUUAUGCAAAUAAAGAUGCUACAGAGAAGCUCUAUCCAGUUGCUGAUGCAACAACAUUUUUUACCGACCUACACUACAUUCUGAAAGUGAUAGCAGCAGGAAAUAUCAGAACAUUGUGCCAUCACCGUCUUGUACUUCUGGAACAAAAAUUUAAUCUUCAUUUAAUGCUUAAUGCUGAUAAAGAGUUCCUAGCUCAGAAAAGUGCACCACAUCGAGACUUUUACAAUGUCAGGAAAGUUGACACACAUGUCCAUCACUCUGCCUGUAUGAACCAAAAACACCUUUUGAGGUUUAUUAAAUCUAAGUUGAAAAAGGAGCCGGAUGAGGUUGUAAUAUUCCGAGAUGGGACAUAUCUCACCUUGAAAGAGGUUUUUGAAAGCUUGGAUUUAACUGGAUAUGAUCUGAAUGUUGACCUUCUAGAUGUUCAUGCUGAUAAGAGCACCUUUCAUCGUUUUGACAAAUUCAACCUGAAGUAUAAUCCUUGUGGUCAAAGUAGGCUUAGAGAGAUUUUCUUAAAGCAAGACAACCUUAUUCAGGGGCGCUUCCUUGCUGAGGUGACACAACAAGUAUUUUCAGAUCUUGAUACAAGUAAAUACCAAAUGGCUGAAUACCGGAUCUCAAUAUACGGGAGAAAGCAAAGUGAGUGGGACCAACUUGCCAGUUGGAUAGUCAAUAAUGAAUUGUACAGCAAGAAUGUUGUUUGGUUGAUUCAGCUUCCUCGACUGUACAAUAUAUACAAAGAGAUGGGGAUUGUUACAUCAUUCCAAAACAUUCUCGACAAUUUCUUCCUUCCUCUGUUUGAAGUUACCGUGGACCCCAAAUCACAUCCUCAGUUGCAUGUUUUUCUAAAGCAGGUCGUUGGCUUGGAUUUAGUAGAUGAUGAAAGCAAGCCUGAAAGACGUCCCACGAAACACAUGCCGACUCCAGCUCAGUGGACAAAUAUAUUCAAUCCUGCCUUUUCAUACUAUGUGUAUUAUUUUUAUGCUAACCUCUAUACACUAAACAAGCUCCGUGAAUCAAAGGGGAUGACAACCAUAAGAUUCCGUCCACAUUCUGGGGAGGCUGGUGAUAUUGACCAUCUUGCUGCAACGUUUCUCACCUGUCAUAAUAUCGCCCAUGGAAUCAAUUUAAGAAAAUCUCCUGUUCUUCAGUAUUUAUACUAUUUGGCCCAGAUUGGGUUGGCAAUGUCUCCACUGAGUAACAACUCCUUAUUUGUGGAUUAUCAUCGAAACCCUUUUCCUAUGUUUUUCUUAAGGGGACUCAAUGUGUCCCUUUCGACUGAUGAUCCAUUACAAAUCCAUUUAACGAAAGAACCGCUUGUUGAAGAGUAUAGUAUAGCAGCUUCAGUAUGGAAGUUAAGUUCAUGUGAUUUAUGCGAGAUUGCCCGUAAUUCAGUUUACCAAUCAGGUUUCUCGCAUGCUUUGAAGUCCCAUUGGAUUGGAAAGGAGUACUACAAGAGAGGGCCAGAAGGAAAUGAUAUCCACAGAACCAAUGUGCCUCAUAUUCGACUUGAAUUUCGUGAUUCGAUAUGGAGAGAGGAAAUGCAACAGGUUUAUCUGGGCAAAGCCAUUUUUCCUAGACACAUUGAAACCUAGUGAUGGUGGUCAAUGUUUUUAUAUCAAGAUGUCAGAAGAAACCAAGAUCUAUGCAAUUCCUGCCUGCUAAUCUACUGAGACGAGAACAAGCUCUCUGUAUAACUGAAGGAAAACUCUUUGCUGAAGUUAUAUUGAGUGCUAAAACUCUUCAGUGAAGUAUUUUGAAGGCACCUCAGAGCAAGCUCUCUGUAUAACUUCAGUGAAGUAUUUUAAAGUAUUUUUGGACAUAUUAGUGGCUAUCCUUUUUCAGUUUUC